AUGGCUCCUGUGAAGAUCGGAUUGAUUGGUCUGUCCGCUACUGGAGGCUCGACUGGCGGCGGAUCCUGGGCAUCCCGAAGCCACGUCCCGUACUUCCUGCAGUCUCCACACUACGAGAUCACCGCGGUCCAAAACAGCACUAAAACUUCAGCAGAGAAGUCGAUCAAGGACUACAACAUCCCCGGCAAAGUAGCCGCGUAUGGAGACCCUGAGACUCUCGCAGCAGACGCCAAUGUCAACAUGGCAGUGGUGUCUGUCAAAGUCCCUCUACACGCAAAAUUGAUCAAACCGCAGCUGGAGGCCAAGAAGGAUAUCUUCGUCGAAUGGCCCCUCGCUGCGAAUCUCCAGGAGGCAGAAGAGUUGACUGCGCUGGCAAAGGCCAACGGUGCCAAGACCCUCGUCGGUCUGCAGGCUCGCCAGGACCCGAGUGUGCGCAGGGCACGCGAGAUCGUCCAGAGCGGUGAACUGGGCGAUAUCCUUGGGACGACGAUGCUCGGAGCCGGGGCGAUCUGGCAGGGAAGUGUGGGGACCGAUUUCGAGUAUUCGCUUCCGCUUGAGAACGGCGCGAACAUGGUCACCAUCCCGGCUGGACAUGCCAUGGACGCGUUGUGCUACGUGCUGGGAGAGUUCAAAGACCUGCAAGCCACGUUGGCGAACAGCCAACCGAGUGUUCCUGUCACGGACGCUGCAGGGAAGGUCCUGAGGACGGCAGACAAGACCAGCCAUGACUGGAUGAGUGUGAGCGGCACCCUUGUGGGUGGAGGUGUGGCGACCACUGUCUACCACGCGGGAUCAUCUCCACGCGGCGCAAAUUUCUACUGGGAGAUCAACGGUACCAAGGGCACGCUCGUCCUCGAGGGCCCCGUCGGACAUGUGCAGAUGUUCCACCCAACAUUGAAGAUCCUGCGGGCUGGAGAGAAAGCGGCGAAACUCGAAGACGUCCAAGUUGAUGCCUCGCCGAAGCCGGACUUUAGCUUCAAUGUUGGCAAGGCCUGGGAUGCGUUUCUCGGCCACGGAGACGGACAUGUGACUUCCUUCGAGGAUGCUCUGGUCAGGCACAGGAUGAUUGACGCCAUCUAUCGUAGUAACGAGAGUGGUAAGCGUGAGAGUUAUCUCUGA